UGGCAACCCAGGGAUCCUAGGGUCCCAGGGGGAGAGAGGUGCUCCAGGGACACCUGGAAUUCCGGGGCAAAAGGGGGAACGUGGCAAGAGAGGCAGGAAUGGGUCAGCUGGACCAACAGGCCCCCCUGGACUCCCAGGACAAGAGGGGCUGCCAGGGGCUCCUGGGAUCAAGGGCAGCAAGGGAGAGGCUGGCCUUGGCAGACUGGGCCCAAGGGGACCACGUGGCCUCCCUGGCCCCCAGGGAGACGAAGGAAUUGUUGGAGUUCGUGGCCCCACUGGCGUGAUGGGACAGAACGGCCUUGCGGGGGCGAAAGGGGAGAAGGGUGAUGUUGGGUUUCCUGGGACCAAAGGAGAAAGGGGAGACUCCAUGAGAAUAUUUGGACCUCAAGGCUAUAAAGGCAACAAAGGAGAUCCAGGUGAAAGGGGCCCUCCAGGAUUUGACGGAGACAAGGGCGAGAAAGGAGAAGAUGGACCUGCGGGAGGAAAGGGGCUGAAAGGAGAAGCAGGAGCGAAAGGAAUCAUGGGUCUGUUUGGCACAAGAGGUCCGGUGGGGCAGAAGGGGGAGCUUGGGGAACCUGGAUUGCCUGGAUCUGCUGGAACCGCAGGACUUGACGGGCAAAAUGGCAUGAAAGGAACAAAAGGAGACAGAGGUCUGCAAGGCCAGAAAGGGGAACCGGGGGGAAAAGGUGACCCUGGCCUAACUGGUGAUAUUGGACGGAAAGGUUCAAAGGGUUUACGUGGGUUGCCAGGAAGGACAGGCCCGCCAGGAACAUAUGGGAUCAAGGGAGAGAUUGGCAGCACUGGGCAGCCGGGAACUUCGGGAUCAGAUGGGCUUCUGGGGCCCAAGGGUGAGCGCGGAGAGCCUGGCACAGAUGGACCCAAGGGGAUUUUGGGGCAGAAAGGAGAAAAGGGUGCCAAGGGAGUGCCCGGCCUGGGAGGCUUUAAAGGACAAAGUGGUUUACCGGGCAAGGCGGGUGAGGCUGGGCCACCUGGCCUGCAAGGAACGCAGGGUGAGCCAGGGGUACAGGGUGAAAGAGGUAGAAGAGGAAGGCAACAGCUGUGUCUCAGGGGACCCCCGGGGACUCCUGGCAACAAAGGAGGAAUGGGGCAGGAUGGCCCACCUGGUUGGAAAGGAGAAAAGGGAGAUCCUGGCCUUUCUGCGGAAGACGUGAAGGACAUAAUCAGGAGCGAGAUGAGCGACGGAGAGGGUGAGCGCGCCAAAGCAGCCCCCGCUAUUGAGACACGCAGCCCCCGACUCUCCUCGGCUUGCAGAGCUUGUGCUGGCAAAAAUUUUCACUUGGCUAAUGGACUGGCAGACCCAGGUGCUGAUUACCUAGCAGAUGUCAUGCAGGCAGAGAAAAGGGCUCUAGUAUCCGAGGGUUUGGCAGAGCAAGAAUCAUUUGGCGAUAUACGGAACAGGUCCAAAACAGAUGUGUUUCUGAGAGAAUCUGUGCCGCUUCUGGCAGAUCCAUGCAUCCUACCCAUGGAUGAAGGCUCCUGCCUGCAAUACACGGUGCUCUGGUAUUAUCACCAGGAAGCAAACAACUGCCGGCCCUUUAUCUUUGGAGGCUGCGGUGGGAACGCCAAUCAGUUUCCAUCCAAGAGGAAAUGUGAGCUGUGGUGCAAGAGGAUUACAGGAAGGUGACCAGGAACAAAGAGGCAGCCGUGUAAACAGGCAGAACGAAGCCUGCCAUCUCCAAGACUGUACAUUUGGCAAAAGGAACAAAAGCUGAGUUUUUGCCAGUUACCUGUUCUGUGAACAAGGGAGAUAUUACAUGUGAAAAUAAAU